ACGUGGGCAUUUGGCUCUUCUGGCGUCCGGGACUCAUCAUAAACUGCCCGGAAAUCGCGCGAAAGGUGCUGGUCAAAGACGCCAAUGUCUUCAAGGACAGGUUCCUCAGCUCGGGGAAGAGCGAUCCCGUCGGCGCUCUCAAUUUAUUUACAGUCAAAAACCAUCAGUAACCUUUCUGUAUUGUGCGAGGAUCCGCUGUGGUCGUCUCUGCGUCGGCGACUGACGGUGGUGUUCACGUCCCACAGACUGCGCGCGUUACACUCCCUCACCGCAGACAAGUGCGCUGACCUCGUGCACAGGAUACGCAAUGAAAUCCAACAAAACACAUACACAGAUCUGAGGGUUUUAUUUGCAGAUUUCACUACGGACAUAACAGGAUGCGCGUCGUUUGGUCUGGGCGGCGAGGCGACGCUGACCGGGCACAGCGCCAUGCGCCGCGUGACACGCCACUUUAUGGCCUACAGCAUGCUUCGGGGUCUCUGCUGGUCCAGCAUAUUCUUCUGCCCCCAGCUCGUCGACGUCUUCGGAUUCUCCCUGUUCCCCGAAAGCGCAACAAAAUAUUUCAAAGAAAUAUUUCGGACAGUGGUUGAAAAGCGCGGCGGAUAUGACAGAAAAAUUGAUGAGCCCAAAGAUUUAUUGGAUGCUCUUCUAAAAAUACGACAGGAAAGUCUCAAUGAUAAAGAAGAAAUUUCUGAAGACAUUUUGGUUGCUCAGGCGGCGAUUUUCGUCGAAGGAGGCUUCGAUACCUCCGCUGGAGCUAUGACGUAUGCUAUAUAUGAAUUAGCAUUUCAUCCAGAAAUACAGAACAAGCUAUAUGAAGAACUUUUAGAAGCAAAAAAUCAAUACGGCGUAGAAGGUCUCGAUGGAAAUGUUCUGGCUGGCUUAAAUUAUUUUAAUUGCGUCAUUAAAGAAGUUACGAGAAAAUACAGCUCAAUGGGAUGGCUGGACAGGAUUGCGUCACAGGAUUACAGGAUAGAUGACAAACUGACGAUAUCCGCGGGCACACCAGUCUAUGUGAAUGCGAUCGGCAUGCAUUACGAUCCAGAUUACUUCCCCGAACCAAAUAAGUUCGAUCCGGAUCGUUUUCUGCCAGAAAAUGAAAAGAAUAUAAAACCUUUCACAUUUAUGCCAUUCGGUGAAGGACCGAGGAGUUGUAUAGGAAAACGUUUCGGUCUUCAAACAGUGAGAUACGGGCUAGCGCAUGUACUACUGAACUACGAAAUAAAACCCGUGCCCGACGCACCGACGCCCUCCCAAGCCAAAAUUGAGAAGAGAGGAAUGUUUCUGAUGCCCGGCGAACCACUGUACGUUAAAUAUAUUCCGAGAUGUAUUACAUAGAUGUAGUAGUGGGAUUGUCGAUUAUCAAGUGAAACACUUAAAAAUUGUAAUAAAACUUUAUUCUCGUCGUUAGCGUCCUUAUUCCUCUUACAUCGUUCGCCGGAUGUUCUCCUCCAUUCGUCUCGCUCACACACCCUCUCGCUUACACUUCCGUUUUGUUCCAUUUCAUACAAAUAAUUUAAUCAUCUUACUUUCCAUUCCCACAUUCGGCCUUCCUGCACUCAUGUCUGUCCUCAGACAUGCUCUAUUAACAAACCUUAUACAAAAUUAAAUCUUAAUUAAUACACUCUUAUCACAUUACGGUAACAAAAAGAAAUACUAAACAAUACAAUCAUGAAACUUAAACUAUACAAUAAAUUCUGUAGUAAUAAACAAAAACAUCUUAUCAAACUCUAUUCUUAAUUUAAAGCAAAACCUUUGGCCACCAAAAAUGAAUUCACCAUGACAAUCAAUGAAGAAAACUGCAACAGAGAUUUUAAUAAUUAAAUAGUAGAAAAAAUACCUUAGUAAUAUUCUAAUUCUCCAAUUCUUCUGGACCACUCUGUUCUGGCCAUCUCUUCAUUUGGUCUGCAGAACUUGAUGUCCUUAUGGGCCCCUCGGCCGUACUAUCUGCCUUCUCCACAUGAUAACGAUCAUUGCGGUUACAUUUAACUACUUUAUAUGGACCUAGAUAUUUGGGUUUGAGUUUAAGACCUGGGCCAAACUGCGUUCGUUUAAUAGCGACCAAAUCCCCUUCAGCAUAUUUGAUACUUUCCUUCCUAUUUUUAUUAAAAUGUUUUCUAUUUUCAUCUUGAAUUUUUAAUAUUUGUUCUUUAGCUUGCAUCCUUAGGUUCUCUCUGCUUUCAUUAAAUUCUGAUAUAAUUUCCUCUUGUAACAAACUUAAGAUUUCUACAUCUUCUCUGUUUCUCAUCUUUGUCCCCAUCAAUAAUUCAAAGGGUGUUGUAUUUAUCCCUCUUUGGAAAGUGCUAUUCAAUGCUCGCUGCACCCUACUCACAUGUUUAUACCACACAGAUGGGUUUUCGACACAUAACUUGGUUAGAAUAGGUAUAAUGAUUCUAUGGACUCUCUCCACCUGACCAUUUCCGCGUGGUACGCCUGUUGUAAUUUUCACAUGCAAAAUAUUUUCCUCUUCACAAUAACUUUGAAAAUCUCUACUUGUAAAUGCCGUUCCUCUAUCUGUAAUGAUUCUGCGAGGAUUACCAAAAGCUU